GAGAGAGAGAGAGAGAGAGAGAGAGAGAGAGAGAGAGAGAGAGAGAGAGAGAGAGAGAUGUCCUCCACGUCCCAAGCUAUGCUUAACCAGGGGUUGUUUGAGGAACAAGAUAUGUCAUCUCAGAUGGGUUUCUACACUUCUCCUUCCAAUUGGAGUUUUAGUACUCCAUCUGGGUCGUAUCAUCACCAAUCUUUAAGAUUCCUUAGCAGUAACAACAACCCUUCUUCUUCAACUGGUGGAGCAGAUAUCACUUGUAAUCUCCCUGAAAACCUCUCUACCACUACUACUCCAAAGCACCGAGAUUUUACUUCUCUUCUGGGUGAAUUCGAAACUCCAUCACUUCAAAGAUCAACUAAUAAUAUCUGGCCAUGGGGAGAAGUGAAUCAUCAGUACAUGGGAAUUAGUAAGAAUAAAUGUUUGGGAGAUGAUCACUUAGCAGUUGCAGCUAUGAAGAUGAAGAAAGUGAAGGCAAGAAGGAAGGUGAGAGAACCCAGGUUUUGCUUUAAGACCCUUAGCGACGUGGAUGUGCUUGAUGAUGGUUACAAGUGGAGGAAGUAUGGCCAGAAAGUGGUGAAGAACACACUUCAUCCAAGGAGUUACUACCGGUGUACACAGGACAAUUGUCGAGUCAAGAAACGUGUCGAACGAUUAGCGGAGGACCCACGAAUGGUGAUCACAACAUAUGAAGGGAGACAUGCCCAUUCUCCAUCACAUGAUAUGGAAGGCUCAGAGUCUUCAUCUCAAAUGAAUAAUUUCUUCUGGUAGUGAUGAUAGUAAGUAGUACUCCCUGGAGUCACUACUUGAAAAUUCAUCAUCAUAGCUUAUGUACUACUAGUUGUUCCUCUUGUGUCAUACGCUGAAAAAUAAAAAAGAAGUGUUCUUCUCUGAUGAUCGAUCUUGUCCAAUUUCUAGAUUCGAAAAUAAACAUUUGGUUUUGGCAAAUGCUUAAUUUUGUUCUCUUCUACCUCCUUUGAUUUUGGCUGGUAAAUAAGAGGGGUUGAUCAUA